AUGGAGUAUUCAAGGUAUUUUACGCCAUCAUUUACGUCAUCGCCUCAAACUGAUAUUGUCUGUAUUGAAGAAGAUGAUCCCAUGGAACUAUAUCUUCUGGUUCUGAGGAAAAUUGUUGUGAAGGUGGCACUUGAUCCCACCCACUUCAUUCCCACGGUGCUCGACUCUUCAUCGAUGGUUGAUAUGCACCAUAAGAUGAAAAUGUUGAUGAAUGAUGAUUUUGUUCCAUAUUUUUCCUUCAUUAUUUCCCACUCGGACCAUGCCACCGGCGUUGUCAAAAAAAGAAAAGAGAAGAAUUGCGUCCGAAAAUAUCUAUCGGUGCUUCAGGCUCUUGACACGGCCAGAACACAGUGGUACCAUGUGAAAGCUAUAGUGAUAGCGGGUAUGGGUUUCUUUAAGGAUGCAUAUGAUCUGUUUUGCAUCACGACUGUGGCCAAACUCUUGGGCCGACUGUAUUACUACGAUCCUCAGAAUCCAUUGAAGCCAGGAAAGCUCCCUAAUGGCAUUAACAACAUGGUUACCGGUGUUGCCUUGUUUGGAACUCUAAGUGGGCAGCUAGUGUUCGGUUGGCUUGGUGAUAAACUAGGUUGUAAAAAGGUGUAUGGGAUCACUCUUCUCGUCAUGGUGGUUUGCGCCAUUUGCUCUGGUUUGUCAUUUGGAUCCUCCUCCGGAUCUCUGAUUGGAACCCUUUGUUUUUUCAGGUUUUGGUUGGGCUUUGGCAUUGGUGGAGACUACCCACUUUCCGCCACAAUUAUUUCCGAAUAUGCUAACAAGAAAACUCGAGGGCCGUUCAUCGCAGCCAUGUUUGCCAUGCAAGGGGUAGGGAUUAUAUUUGCAGGUUUAGUUUCUAUGUGUCUUUCGGCAAUAUUCCUUGAGCUGUACCCAGCGUCGUCAUUCAACGUUGACCCUAUCUUCUCAACCCAACCCGAGGCAGAUUAUCUAUGGCGGAUUGUGCUGAUGUUCGGUGCCUUACCGGCUCUCUUAACGUAUUAUUGGCGGAUGAAGAUGCCAGAAACCGGUCGCUACACUGCCAUUAUCGAAGGGAAUGCGAAACAAACGGCGGCUGAUAUGGGUGGGGUUCUUGACAUUGAAUUCCAAGUUGAAACAGACAAGGUUUCUCAAUUCAAGGAAGCAAACAAGUACCCGUUAUUAUCUCAGGAAUUCUACGAUUGGCAUGGGCGUCAUUUGAUAGGUACGAUGACCACAUGGUUCUUGCUGGAUAUUGCUUUCUACAGUCAAAACCUAACCCAAAAGGACAUUUUUCCGGCUAUGGGUCUAACUAAAAAUGCUCCUCAAAUCAACGCCAUUGAAGAAGUCUUGGAUACCUCACGCGCCAUGUUCUUCAUCGCUAUGCUCGGCACAUUCCCGGGCUACUGGUUCACCUUCCUUUUCAUAGUAAAGCUUGGCCGAUUUACAAUCCAACUAGUCGGCUUCUUCAUGAUGUCAUUUUUUCUUCUGUAUGGGUUGACGUUCUUUUUUGCCAACUUUGGACCCAACAGUACCACAUUUGUGCUCCCGGCGGAGCUAUUCCCUACAAGGCUGCGGUCGACCUACCAUGCGCUCAGUGCGGCGGCGGGGAAGGCGGGAGCCAUGAUUGGGGCUUUCGUGGUUCAAACAUAUACGUUGGAUGACAAUGUUAACCACAUCAAGACCGCCCUCAUAAUCUUGGCCUUCACAAAUAUGUUGGGAUUUGGUUUCACUUUCCUGAUACCGGAAACCAAAGGGCGGUCUUUAGAAGAAAUUUCCGGCGAAGAUGGCAGUGGUCGUCAGAAUGAGACUCAUACGGUCACUAGGAGAUCCGUUAGUUUGCAAGGAAGCAGCCGGUUGGAAACUCAUUGA